GCUUUUAUUUCUGGCUCUUUUUCGAGCCAGCUCUUUUGUUUUACGGGGGGAUCGGCCGAGCACUCCUGUGGUGAAUUGAGCUAUUGUCAAAGACUGGGCCUCUUAAAGCUUUGCAUCUGUGGCCAACCAUCAAUCUCCUCCGGAUUCCUCCCCCCUCCCUGUUACUUUCCACUGAAAGGGAACCAGCAGAUCCCAAAAAAAGCUCCGCCGAAGCCUUUUCUCGCCGUCCUCCUUGCUUCCAAUGCCCCAUUUCCCUCAUCUCUACCCCUGCCCCCCCUCCCCUCCCUCCCCACAUCUCUCCUGCUCCCUCCUCCCACAUCAGAGUGGCUACGUAAUGUGCCUCCCUACGCAUGCAAAUGGGGAUGCUACAAAUGGUGGCUGGGACUGAUGUCGAUGAAAGGGUGAUGCCUCGCGCAAUGACCUGCUCCUCCGCCGCCGUCGCUCCGGAUCAGCCGAUGACAACAGCCCACAGCGCCAACGCCGUCGUUUGCAGCUUGCUGGUGGACGUAAAUGAGAUGUGUGAAUGUGUGUAAAGGCGCACACUGGUUCCUGCCAUGUCUGGUGUGUGAUUGCUCUAGCGGGACGUUCUCACUGAUGCGGGGGAGGCACUGAGCCUGAGGUUGGUCGACCUCCCCCUUCCCCACUCCCCCCCCCCUCCCUCUCCCUCUCCCCUUCCCCCUCCUCUCCCCCCCUGUUUCACCAGUUCCCACCCUCCUUACCCCUACUACCCUUUUGCCCCACGCUUCCUUAUCCCAGAGGUCCCCGGGGAGUGAAGGCCGCCGGAACACACACACACACAGGAAAAAAAAAAAAAGGGGGUCACGAUGAAGAAGAACCGCAGCGGCAAUCUGCGGCGGGCCUGGCCCAGCUCGGAGCUUCCCGAACGCCCGCUGGAUCACAAUCUCUCUCGUAGCGAGAAAGACAUCCGUGUGCAGAAGCAGCAUCUUCCUCCUCCUCCUCCGCAUUUCUCUCCGUCCCCACCAAGUUAUCGUGCCCCAGGUGAUGUGUCUCCGAUCAGUAUGUCACCUAUCAGUCAGUCGCAGUUCAUACCGCUGGGGGAGAUCUUGUGCUUGGCCAUCUCUGCUAUGAACUCUGCCCACAAGCCUGUCAACCAGGAGGCACUGAUGGAGCACCUCACUGCCAGUUUUCCAGGCGUGCCUACACCCAGCCCAGAGGUCCUGCGACAUACUCUGAACAUGCUGGUGCGAGAGAGGAAGAUAUAUCCAACUCCAGAGGGCUACUUCAUCGUCACUCCCCAGACGUACUUUAUCACUCCCUCCCUCAUCAGAACAAACAACAAGUGGUAUCACAUGGAGGAUCGGCUGCCAGAGCGUCAGCAGCAGCAACAGCCACAGAACUGCACCUCGCCUCAGUCUGGAAACGUCACACCGUCCACACCGGGCUGCCUGAGAGAGAGGCCUCCUCGCAAGAACCACAGUGACUCAUACAACUCCUAUCGUGACGACCAGUCAAGACUUCAUGGCUCUGCGCUCCAAAGUAAGUCACCCAAGGAGCACAAGGGAGAUUCCUAUCAAAACAAGCCACCCAAGGAUCAGAAUGGCGGGGAGACUCUUCCGAGCACGUCAGCCAAGGAACACCGAGGAGAGCCGCCAUCAUACCCCCAUCCCCCAGCUCCCACUUCUCCUCCUAUACAGUCACCGCCUGCUCAAGAUCAAGCUGAUAAGAGCAAAGGCAUUACUUCUUUCCCUUAUAAAGCUGACACUCUGACCAAAAAGAAAGAGGCAAGUGGUGGUGGAAGUGGUGAGAAGCAAGCCAAAAGGUUUGGUCUCAAACUUUUCAGACUAAGUUUCAAGAAGGAUAAAAUGCGACAGCUGGCUACCUUCUCAGCCCAGUUCCCCCCUGAGGAGUGGCCCCUACGUGACGAGGAUGUGCCAACCACGCCUAUUCCGCGGGAGGUGGAGAUGGAGAUAAUUCGCAGGAUCAACCCUGACCUAACAGUGGAGAAUGUUGCGAGGCACACCGCUGUAAUGAAGAGGCUGGAGGAAGAGCGUACACAAAAGAACAAGGCGGGAUCUUCUGCCCAGCACAGUGCACGCAGCCGGAGGGGCAGGGGCCACCGGAGGGCGCCUCAUGGUAAGUCUCGCUCUCACAGCAAACCAAGGACAUCCAGGGGAGACCCAUCUGAGGGUUCAAACUGGGAUCUUGUGUUUAUGGAAAGAGAUUACCGCUUCUUUAGCCACUCGCUGGUUCGCUCGCCUCGGGAAGCUAUGUACACUCUAGAGCGCAGGCGAAGUGGAGGUGCGACGUACCUGGUUCACAGUAACCCCAAUAUUACUGAAUCGUACUGCCCGGUUACGCCCGAGUGGGAUGUGUCUGGGGAGCUGGCCAAGAGACGAACUGAGAUGCCCUUUCCUGAGCCUUCACGUGGAACAUGUCAGUCCAGAGUGCAAAGAAGUCACAGCCACAAUCAGGACAGGAAGUCUCGACAUGAGAGGUCAGAUCAAGCUAAGGAACGAUCUCGGUCAAUGGACAACUCUCUCAAGGGCCCGUCACUGGGCGCGCCAGAAGACUUUGAACCCAGUCUGGAGGAGCGUAGUCAUUACUACACUGAUGAUGGUACCCUACGGGCCACACAGAAAUCCUCCCACUACUCAAGGAUCAUGUUCUCUGCUGCUAAGUUCCACUCCGACUUUAAUGUGCCUGAUUUGGGGAAAGGGAGUCUGGACGAGUCUAGGAUCCGGAGUACAAUGGAAAGGAACAAAAGCAGAGACAGCUUGCCGACGUACAAUGAGCUAAUGGGACUUUCUCCUAAGCCCUCUACAGAUGAGUACUUCCAGUGCAAUACAUCAAAUGAAACAAUCCUUACUGCCCCUUCGCCUCAGGCAAAAUCAGAAUAUGACACAUUAACCUCAUCAGGGGGAAUCCGAAAGGGCUCUCCAGCUGACCGGCAAACUCCUCACCUUACCUCUCCUCAUACAAUGGAGUACAAAGAGGACAUGUCGGCAGCAAAGGGACAGAGCGGUUCAGCGCGACUGACGCCAAGCCAGACGCCAGAACCAGUACAAAAUGCCCGUUUGACACCACACCAACACAAUGUAGAUCCCGGAGGGGGAGGAGGCAGUUUGGUGAUUAAGAGGAAGGAGAUUUUCAGCAAGGACACUCUGUUCAAACCUCCACAUAAUGCCUUGUCCCCUGGCUAUGUGGACAGCAGCUACACCAAGUCUGGCACAUUGCGGAAAGCCUCACAUGCCAAAUCAACAGAGGCCCUAGACAAUCCUGAGCCCCAGCAGCCUUCCAAUUCAGCCACUUCCUCAGCAUCACCUGCAGUUUUACAGAGCAGCUUAGAGCCAACAGUCCCCUCUGCCUCCUUUGACUAUUACAACGUAUCGGACGAUGAGGAGGAGGAAGAGGCAGAGGAGGACUCGCACAAAGAGUUGGCCACAGCAGAGGACAGCAAAGACCAUGGGGAAGGAGGAGGAAAUGUUGGAGGCAGCAGCGGUGGUGGUGGAGAAGGAACCAUGCAGUGGCUUCUGGAACGGGAGAAGGAGCACGAUUUGCAGCGGAAACUUGAGACCAAUCUGACCCUGCUCAGCCCCAAGGAGACGGAAAACAGCAGCAGUCAGAAGUCGGCGCACUCUGCCCGUUUGGACAGCAUGGACAGCAGCAGUGUCACGGUGGACAGUGGCUUCAACUCUCCCAGAACACGUGAAAGCCUUGCAUCCAACACAUCCAGCAUUGUGGAAAGCAAUAGACGGCAGAACCCGGCGCUGAGCCCAGGCCACAUCGGCACCAGCGGUAUUGGACUGCCAUUCAGCUUUCGCGCCAUCCCCGAGCCCCCCACCACGCAGCCUGAGAAACUGCAGAAGUCAUCGAACUGCCUGGCCUCCAUCACCAGCGUCUGACAGACAGCACGGACUGAGACGGCGAUGGUGGUGGAGCCGAAGUGAGGUGUUUUCACAACCUUUUUUUUUUUUUUGUUUUUUGUUUUUUUGUUUUGUUUUUUUAAAAACCCUUGCGUUCCUCAACCAGUACACAUAUGAACACUCGACACAUCUUCAGACUCCUGAGGAUCCAUUUACUGGGACUGUUAGAAAAACAGGCAUGGCUUCAACAGACUGUUCCUACAGCAUCAAGAACUUAACUGCAAAAAAAAAAAAAAAAAAAAGA